AUGAACUUCAUGAUCGAUUUCAAACCCACUCAAACUAUCAGCGUCGAUCCUCCCGGUGGAACGGGACAUCCUCAUCAUCCUCAUCAAAGUCACUUACCACUCCCUACUGAAACUUUCCCUACCCCUACUCCCGUAUACCUACAUGCUACCUAUGCAGGUCACGUAGCCCUUUGGGUAGUAUUUGCUUUCUUCACCCUAGGACUCUUGGGAGUUCUCGCCUUAUCCCUCAGGGUAGAAAAGAAAGCAAGGGUAUUUCAUUGGUUGUCCGCCGCGGUCUUGACCAUUGCCAUGGUGUCGUAUCUCGCCAUGGCGACCGGUAUGGGUAUCAGUUAUGUUCCCAUCAAGUAUUCUGGUCCCCAUGCUGGAGAGUUACAUUACUUCCGAGAGGUCUACUGGGCGCGCUACGUCGAUUGGCUUUUCACCACACCUCUCCUUCUACUAUCUCUAGCCCUCCUGGCCGGGCUGUCCCCCGCGGACACUUUGAUAACCAUCGGAGCUGAUGUCUUCAUGAUCGUCACCGGACUUCUAUCCACGAUACACUCUUCCCACUCUAACGCUGGGGAAAGGGUGAAAUGGUUGUUCUAUGCGGUCUCAUGUGUGGGAUUCGUGGUCAUUUGGUGGAUCCUCUUGUCCGGUGGCCUGAAGGCCGCUAAACUUCGCCCUAGUAAAACUAGAGGGCUGUUCCACCUGCUCGGAGUGAUGACAUUUCAUCUUUGGCUCGCUUACCCAAUCGUCUUUGCCCUCUCUGAAGGUGCCAACAAAAUCUCUGUCAAUGCGGAAAUCAUUGCAUAUGGUGUAUUGGACGUGGCUGCCAAACUUGGUUUCACAUACAUGCUCCUCCUCGUCCACACCCAUGGCGAAGGAGAUACGUGGACUCUACCGGAAUGGUUUGUCGAGCACCGACGCGGGGAAGGAUACGACGGAAGGGGCGGUUACGGUGCGAUUGGAAGUUCAGAUUGA